AUGGAGGAGGAGCGGCCCCAAGGUAGCAAGUGUCGAGAGCGAUGCCAGCUCAUCAGGCUGGAAUCACACAUCCCAGCCAAGGCAGCUUCACCUGAGUACAUCUUUUCUCUCGCCUAUAAGAAGCCCCGGCCUAUACCCAAAACCUGGGAAUGGAUGGGAACUAAGAAUGGUACUGGUCUUCUCGAUCUCCCACGGGAGUUGAGAGACAUAAUUUAUGGCUACGUCUGCGACGAUAUGAUCCACGACGGAUAUGGAUGGCGCAAAGAAGACGAAUGGGCCGAUGACUUCGAUCCGGGUGCUGAGGAGGAUGAGGAACUUAUAUUUUACCAAAACUGCAACAUUAUGAGGAUAUGCCGACAAGUGCACUGGGAAUUUGCUGAAGUGCUCUAUGCGCGGCCGCUACAACUUACCGGCGUCCCACCGUUCGACAUAGCCCAUCAUAUCGUUGUUACGGGAUCACAUAUCCUUCCGUUAUCAAGAACAUACGCACAUUUUGUCAAUAAGCUGGCAUUUAUCCAUAGCAUAGGCCUUCAAGACUAG